UUAUUUUUAUUUGGUUGAUAGAAGUGUUAGGGUACCCGAGCUAUCUAUAUAUAUUGUUUUUCAUGCUUUUUUAGUUUCUUGGUUAGUUUGGUAGGACGUUAGUAGGUAGCGAAUAGUUAAUUUUUUUUUUUUUUUGGAAGCGGGUUGUGGCGCACGUGUUGCAUGGUGAAAGCAGUGUAAAGCGGCAGUUUUAAACCGCGUUAGGGAAGCCAGCGGAGGUAGCCGGAUAGCGAGUUUGCCGUACGGCUUACCGUGGGGCUUUGUUCAGGUAUUUUGGUGGGCUUUCUCGUUAGGUGGACGGGUGGACAAUGGCGCGGCAGGCUAGGAAGGACAGGGGUGAUGACGAGCUGGUGCAGUGCGAGGAGUGCAAACGUUGGUGUUAUUUGGACGAGACGCACUUCGCCAGUUUAGCCGACGCUGAGGAGGCUAGCUUCGCGUGCAGGUCGUGUGAAGGAUUUAAGGGAGCUGUGCGGCGGAUGGAAGGGAAAUGGGCAGCCAGUGUGGAAGAGCUCAAAGGGGAGCUGAAGGUGGAGCGAGAGCGGCGAAUUGAGCUCGAAACUCGGAUCGGCGAGUUGCUUCACAGGGAGGGGGCCGAGGCCGUCCUGGUAAAGCGAAUAGCUGGCGAGCUACAAGAAGAACGGGAAAAGCGGGCCGUGCUGGAAGAGCGGGUGGAGGCGCUAAUGGCACAGGCGGCGCGUAAUCCCGGGUCAGCUCAGGCGGGCGGCGGGGACAGCGCGGAGACUCAGGCAGAGGCAUGCCAUGAGAGCAGGGAGGGACGCCUAGGGGCCGUUGAACAGCAGGCGAGAGCCGGCGGCAACACGGCGGUUCCACAACUCUACAGUGAGGUAGUGCGGCAGGCUUCGGGUGGGAAGGGACGAACGGCAGGGAGCACAUCGUCACGUGUCAGUGGCGCAGGGCGGGUGGAGAACCAGCUAGCGCGAACUGGAGGACGAAAAUCGCAGGCGGGAGGCAAACGUGUAGAGCGAAGGGUCCUAGUGGUGGGGGACUCCAACGUAGCUAGGGUUAAGGAGGGCGUCCUUACAACAGUGAAGGCAGACGGGCGGGUGAGGGUGGAGGCCCAGUCAGGGAAGUGCAUGGUUGACGCAAUGGCAGAAGCUCAGAAGGUGGUAUCGGACAACCUCGAGCAUGAACAUCUGGUCGUUAUCCAUGCUGGUCUCAACGAUGUGCUGAAGGGAAGGAGCCAGAACCUAAACGGACAGUUAGAGGUUGGGUUGCGUAAACUCAGAGAAACCUCUACGAAAGUGCAUGUGACCAUAUGCACAAUCCCACAUGUCCGGGGCCAGGCUAGCGCGAUGGAAUGGAGGGUGCGUGAGGCUAACCGGGUCAUUAGGGGUCUGAGCAGACCACUUGGGUACGGUGUAAUGGAGGUAAACCGGGAAGUGUACGAGUCUGGCUCCCAGCCUUUUGCACAGGAUGGCAUUCACUACAGUGGUGCCACGGGCGGGAGCGUAGGUAGUAGGAUAGGGCGCCAAGCUACGGCUUUUUUGGGGGGACCCAGAGCCCUAAGACCACCAGUGUAGACGAAGACGGACCCAGAGAGGCUCCAAGAUUCAAGAAACGUAGAAUCGGUAGAAGAAAUAGACGUAAGCACCAGGGGCAAGGUCAUUCUGACAUAGGUUACAUUAACAUGCAAGGUGGCAGGAAUAGGCUGAAGUGGGAGGAGAUAGACGAGCAACUAAGGCAAGAAAAGAUGAUGGUAUACGGGUUUGUGGAGACACAUCUUAGGGACAUGGAGCAACCUCCCUGUAAUCCUGACUAUGCAUGGGAAUAUUGCAAUAGAACAGAGGGCAGCAGAAAAGGGGGUGGAAUUGGUGCAUUCAUUCAUAAAAGUAUGAACUGGCAAAGGGUCAAACAGGAAUGCAAGGAGCAUUUAUGGCUAAAAGGGAAAGUUGCAGGAGAGCAGACACUCCUUGGCUUUGUAUACCUGUGGACAGGAGCAAAUGCCAAAGAGGAAAACAAAAAAAUGCUGGAAUGCAUAUCAAGUGACAUUAAUGAGCUAGGAGAAGGGUGCGAGAUUAUUAUACUAGGAGAUAUGAACGCACACAUAGAAGACAUGGACGGGUACACAGACUCAACAGGCAACAUGAUGCUGGAUAUGUGUGAAAUGCAUGACUUAGUUGUAUGCAACAGUACUGAGAAGUGUGAAGGGCACAUAACAUGGGAGGUAGGGAGCCUGCAGUCGACGAUAGAUUAUGCACUAAUGUCACAUAGGAUGCACGAUAGGCUAAAUGUAAUGAGCAUAGAUGAAUAUGGCUCCAGAAGUCUAGGUAGUGAUCACAAACGUGUUAAGGUGAGUUUUAGAAGGGAAAUGAAAGUAGGUAGGAGGCAAGAUGAACAACCAGGUGGGAUAUUUUACUCGGAAAAGCAGCUUGAAAUAGCAACCCAGCAAAUUGAGGAAGUAAUUUCAGAGGAUACAAAAACAGAAUGGACAUAUGCAAAUUUAACAGGACUAUUUGAGCUAGAGCUUACUAAGGUACGAGUC